ACUUUUUCAUCAUUUUUUAAAAUAUUAUAAAAAUACUCUAAGACACAAAUUGAUUGUUUAAAAUCUAUUUUGUCAUUAAUAUUCAAUUUUAUUCAGAUGUACCUUGUUUAAUAGUGCCUUAUAUAUAUAUUUUAUUUUUAAUACCCUUUUUGACCGUCUAGGAUUUUCCCGAUUGGCCGAUUGAUCCGGCUGGUUUGGCCCGGUUGAUUUUUGGAACACUGGUCUCAACACAUGUAGUUGUCGAAGAGAAGAUUAAAAGGUACCGAAGUCUUUGAUACUCUUUAUGGGUGCUUUCUCGAUCUUCCCGCCAGCGUUUGCAGGCGCCAAGCGCUGUUAGAAUCCUGUUACGCAAAGAGAGAGAGAGAGAGAGAGAGAGAGAGAGAGAGGCCAUAGCCGUUGGUAGUGCCUUAAUGUCAGUAUCCAUAGCCAGUAAGCUUAUACCGCACAACCCAUUUCUCUCUCUCUUAGGAUCAACCAAAACCAUUUCACAAUUGAAGCAAAUCCACGCCCAAAUGCUCAAAACCACCAUGUUCCAAGACUCUCUCUCAUUGACCAAAUUACUCUCUCUCUACCUCCUCUCUGAACCUCCUCUUCUAGGCCAUGCUCGAUCAGUUUUCGACCAAACAGAGAAUCCCAACACAUUCACCUGCAACUCCGUGAUCCAAUCCUACGCCAAAACCAUUGGCCCUGAGGAAGCCAUUGCCUUCUAUGCUCAAAUCUUACAUAAAGGUGUCCAUGGAGAUUCACUCUCAGGCCAUUAAGCUUGGGCUUGAUCAGGAUGCCUUUGUAAUGAAUUCUAUGUUGCAUGCUUAUGCCUCCUGUGGGGGUAUGGAAUUUGCCCAUGAAAUGUUCAAUGAGAUGGCUCAUAGAGAUGUGGUCUCAUGGACGGCUGUGAUUGCUGGAUAUGCGAGGAAUGGACGGUCCAGAGAAGCCCUGGAGCUCUUCUUCUUGAUGGGGGGCAAGGAUUUCAUGCCUGAUGAAAUCACCAUGGUUACUGUGAUCAAUGCGUGUUCAAGAUUAAAGGAUUUGCAAAUGGGUAGAGAGAUAGAGAGAAUGGUUCAUGAAAUGGGGGUUGGGUCAAAUGUUUAUAUUAUGAAUUCUUUGAUAGAUAUGUAUGCCAAAUGUGGGUGCAUGGAUAUAUCCUGUGAGUUAUUCAAUAAAAUGGGAGAAAAGAAUUUGGUUUCAUGGAACUCAAUGGUAGCAGGCUACGUGAAUUUUGGGGACAUGAAGUCGGCUCGAGAAAUCUUCGAUAAGAUGCCUGAGAGAAAUGUGGUUUCUUGGAGUGCAAUGGUCAGUGGGUAUUCUCAAAAUGGGGAAUUCAAAGAAGCCUUGACAAUGUAUAGUAGAAUGAAGGCUUCGGCGGUCCCACCAAAUAAUGCAUCGAUAACUAGCGCUAUCUCAGCUUGCUCAAAUCUGGGGGUUCUUGAAUUGGGCCAAAAGAUUCACAAAGAAAUCAAAGAAAGUAAGAUCAAGAGAGAUGUUCUGUUAAGCACUGCCCUAGUGGACAUGUAUGCAAAGUGUGGAGAGUUGGAAAAAGCACAGUUGUUAUUUGAUGGGAUUCAAAAGAAAAGCUUGAUUUCUUGGAAUGUUAUGAUAAUGGGGCUGGCUAUCCAUGGGAGAGUGAAGGAUUGCCUUGAGACUUUUGCCAAGAUGGAGAGAGAUGGGUUUAAACCAGAUAGUGUGACCUUUGUUGGGGUCUUAUCUGGGUGUGCCCAUGCUGGUUGGUUAGAAGGAGGGAGGGAUUAUUUCCAUAGAAUGAGUGAGAUUUAUGGGAUUAGCCCUAAGCUUGAGCACUAUGCUUGUAUGGUGGACCUCUUAGGUAGAGCUGGGCUCAUAGAGGAGGCCUAUGAAUUUGUAAAAACCUCAGUUGUGAAGCCUGAUGUAGUGAUUUGGGGUUCUCUUUUGAGUGCUUGUAAGGUUCAUGGAAAUGUAGGCAUAGGUGAGCUUGUGGCUAGCCAUCUUCUAGAGUUGGACCCUGGCCAUGGUGGGGCACAUGUGCUUUUAUCAAAUAUAUAUGCAGCUUCUAGUAGGUGGGGUGAGGUGAUGGAGGUGAGGAAGAGGAUGAGAGAGAGAGGAAUUGAAAGUAGGAGGGGUUGGAGUUUGAUUGAGCUGGGUGCAACUGUUCAUGAGUUUCUAGUUAGAGAUGACAUGCAUCCCCAAAUUGGAGAAAUCCUUUUCACGCUAAGAGGCAUGGAACCACAUAUGAAGUCAAUAGAUUAGAUCACUGCUAAAUUUGAUAGACAACAUAAAUUUACCAGUGUUUCUAGACAGAGGGAAUUGAAGUUUGAAGAUUUUCCCACAGCUAUCAAUGUACAAUACAGGUCAAUUUAUUGAUAUAAAUAUAUUUAGCCUCUUCUUAAUAACUGAA